AAGAAGAAGAAGAAUAGGAAGAAGAUCAAAAGAAGAAGAAGAAGAAGAAAACCCCGGCUGGCUGCGGCUCACUCAGCUGAUCGCGAAACAAACAUGGCGUCGUCGCUGUACCGGGCUGCCCUAUCUGCCGAGAGACUUUUGGCCAGGAAGGGUCCGCAGGUAGUGGGAUGUGCAGCUUGGGGUGGGCCACUUGGAGGUCAGCAGCAGCGCCGCAGCCUCAAUGUUCAUGAACAUGUCAGCUUCACAUUGCUGCGUCGUGCUGGCAUCCCUGUGCCAGGCUUUGGUGUUGCACACACUCAAGAGGAAGCAGUGGAAAUUGCCAACCAGUUGGACUCAACUGAUGUUGUGGUAAAGGCACAGGUGCUGACUGGUGGCCGUGGUAAAGGAAACUUCAAGGGCGGCUUUAAGGGCGGCGUUAAGUUGGUCUAUUCGGCAGAGGAGGCAGGUGAAGUGGCUUCCAAAAUGAUUGGUGACAUGCUGGUGACGAAGCAGACUGGAGAGAAGGGUGUUCCCUGUAACAAAGUUAUGGUGUGUGAGCGAAAGUUUCCCCGUCGGGAAUUUUACCUGGCCAUCAUGAUGGAGCGAUCUUAUGGUGGACCUGUCAUCAUUGCAUCAGCACAAGGAGGCAUCAACAUUGAGGAAGUGGCUGAAGAGAGCCCAGAAGCAAUCAUCAAAGUCCCCAUCGAUAUUUCUGAAGGAGUUACAGAUGAGAAAGCAGAGAUUCUGGCAAAGCAGCUUGGCUUGGAAUCUCGCCUAGAAGAAACAGUAUCAGUGGUAAAGGCAUUGUAUGCAGCCUUCAUCAGCAAUGAUGCAUCAAUGAUCGAGAUCAAUCCCUAUGCUGAAGACACUUAUGGAAAAAUGUAUGCCCUGGAUGCUAAGAUGCGGUUUGAUGACAAUGCUGAGUUCCGUCAGAAAGAAAUAUUUGAUGAACGUGAUUGGUCACAAGAAGAUGCAAAAGAAGUAGAAGCCUCCAGGUAUAACCUGAACUACAUUGCUCUGGAUGGUAACAUUGGGUGCCUUGUAAAUGGUGCUGGCUUGGCUAUGGCCACCAUGGACAUUAUCAAACUACAUGGGGGCUCACCAGCCAACUUCCUUGAUGUAGGUGGAGGAGCUACAGCAGAGCAGGUCAAGGAGGCUUUCAAGAUCAUUACAGCAGAUCCCAAGGUACAUGCCAUUAUGGUUAACAUCUUUGGAGGUAUCAUGCGCUGUGACGUCAUCGCCCAGGGUGUCAUAGCAGCUGCUGAAGAGCUUUCACUCAGGAUCCCCAUUGUAGUACGCCUCCAGGGAACAAAUGUUGAUGAUGCAAAGGCCCUCAUUGCAAUGUCCAACCUAAGAAUUCUUCCUUGCGACAACCUUGAUGAUGCAGCAAAGAUGGCUGUGAAACUCUCCAACAUCAUCACUCUCGCCAAAGCAGCCAAUGUUGAUGUCAAGUUUGAGUUGCCAGUUUAGAUGGGGCAUGUAAACAAACUAAUGUACAGAGCUAGUAAAACUUGUCAGUUUUUUUAUUCUUUAAUUUGUUGCUGACGAAGAAAAGUAGAUUAUAUUGUAACAAAUGUUUUUGUUUAUUUUGUACAGUAAAAAUUACCAUAACAAAGAACUGCUGAAGUGUACAUUUCAGUAUAGCAGGGUUGGCAGUUUAAACCAACUAAUAAAACAAUUUUUUUUCUUUUGUGUGUAUCUUUGUUAGUUUCAUCAGUAUUGUGGUUUUAACUAUAUGUAAGAUUUUAAUUAUGUACAACAGGGUUGGCGGUUUAAUCCAGGGGUUUCAAACUCAAAACCCUUGGAGGGCCAAUUCAUACUCUGAAUGUUAUAUGCAUUUGCUCAGUAAGUUUCAGAAAACAAUAAGUUUGAAUAAGUAUUGUACUACAUUUGAAUUUACACAUAAUUUAGCUACCAGUAUUUUUCUGUAUGCAUUGUUGGAAAGGAUUUUUUUUAAACAAUUUAUCUGCUGUUUAGUGAAGUGACAAAUAUAAUAUAUUAUAUUAUAAUAUAUAUAUAUAUAUAUAUAUAUAUAUAUAUAUAUAUAUAUAUAUAUAUAUAUAUAUAUAUAUAUAUAUAUAUAUAUAUAUAUAUAUAUAUAUAUAUAUAUAUAUAUAUAUAUAUAUACCACUUCACUAAACAGCUGUUUUUGUAGCAUGCAACUGGAAAAUUAGAAGGUCAUUCAUGUUUUACUACUAUUUAACAUUGCAAUUAAAAAGCAUGUUAGAGAAGCUGCAUUUUGCCUCUUUUACAGUUGUAUGAAGAUCAAAUGAAUAUUUUGCUAAAUCCAUCUCUAAAUCUAUCUAUAAUUCCUUUUCAAACUCAUAUAUGCAUAUACAGAUAGAAUUACUGGAAUAAACAUACUGAAAAGCAAAAAAAACAUGGUUUAAACCAAAAAUAACAUGGUUUUUGCCAACCCUGCAGUAUAGCACUAGUAUUUAUACAUCAGAAAAAUCAUCUCAAUAAAACUGCUUAAAAACAUAGCUUGUAAUCCCAUUUAAUGGGAAGUUGCCAUGUAAAAUAAUAUAUUAUAAUAGUUAAUUUACAACAGACUAUCAAUGAGAAGCUGAAUUCUUUAGUCAUCUCAGUGCUAUAUUAAUAUCACAAAGAAACCCAGGAAAACACUUGGUUUCCAAAUUUUCUGAUUCUUCAUCACAAAUCCAUGCAUUGAUUACUUGCUGCUGCUCACUAUGAGUAAGGACCUUUAACUGAUCCAUAUUUUCAGGUGUUAUACUGCCUCUCCACAUGUGCAGACCUUAAAAUGUUGAUCAGCUAAAAAUUACUCGGUGGUCCAUGAGCAUUAUAUAUAUAUAUAUAUAUAUAUAUAUAUAUAUAUAUAUAUAUAUAUAUAUAUAUAUAUAUAUAUAUAUAUAUAUAUAUAUAUAUAUAUAUAUAUAUAUAUAUAAAAAAGUCACUGCAUGGAAACUUGAGGUCCUGUUACUUAUGCAUAUUUGUUGGAUAUAUUUAUUUAAAACAACACUUGGAGGACAGCAGUCAGCAAACAAUUUCUCAAAAGAUAUGUAUGUUGGCUGGCAAAUAAGUAAAUGUGCUUGGGUGAGAAGACCUCAAGGGAGUAAAAAAUUAACCAUUGAAUUGGUAUUAGAAUCUUUUAGUGUGUUUGUGUGUGUGAGGUUCAUGCUGAGAAAUCAACCAUAAAUCUAAAGUGUCUCUGUAUAUAUGUUUUCAUUAAUGUAUAAAAAAUAAUUACAAUGUGUUUAAGUGA